AUGCACCACGUGGAGACCGUGUUGUCGAAGAACAGUGCUGAUGUCUGUGUAUGGUUUGAAGAGAAGGUCAAUAAGACUGCAAGCAAGAACAAUUGUAAGGAUCUCGAUAAAAAUUCCGAAAAAGAUCAGCUGGAUUACACAUUCGAUUAUAAACGAACUGAAGAUGAUGAUAGCUUUACAACAUUUACU